GUGUGUAUACCUGUGUGGCGUGGAACAUGGAUGGCGCCGACACGAAGAGCGUCUCGGUGUCCGUUGACUCUCAGGGGGGCUCGUGGUCGGGAGGGGAUCCCAGCAGAGAGGCCUCCUGGCUGGGGAACUCUUCAGGAGCUUCAGCCUCUCUGGUGGUGCUGGCCAAGGUGGUGCACGCCCAGUCGGUGGUGUUGGAGUGGAAGUUGUUUCCCAGCAGAGGAGCUUCGUCUGCGGGUCAGAGCCAGCAAGACCUCCCUCUGACCCGCUGGACCAGCGCCACGGUGCACAUCGACAACCCUCAGAUCAGCUACACUGCCAAGGUUCCAGUGGAUGUUCAGGAGUACAACCUGACUCACCUCCUUCCUGCUACAGAGUACCACGUAUGCCUCACCGUCUACUCCUCCCCUCUCUUCCCCUCCUCCUCCCCUUCCUCCCCCGUCCACACUUCCUGUCUGAACGUCACCACGAAGGAGGCGGGUUUCUCCGUGGAGUUGGUGGCGUCUCGGCGCAGCAGCGUGGCGCUCGCCGCCGUCAUGGGUUCGAUGUUCGCUCUGUCCAUCAUGGCGCUGCUCGUUUUCUACAUGGGUCGCAGAGUCCAACAGCACAAAUCCUGCGGCCACUCGCUGAAGAAAUACAUGCAACACGCCACCUCCAUCCCUCUGAACGAGCUCUACCCGCCAUUAAUCACGCUGUGGGAGAGCGAGGCCGAGAAGGACAAGGAGGACAAGGAGGAUGGAGAGAGAGGGGAGGAAGCUGGGGGGAGUCAGAUCGACACCACAAAGACGUACAUGUGGUAGCGGGAGGGGGGGUUAGUCGACAGAAAGACAAACUUUUAGAGAGCGGCAAAGAGAGAUCAACACAAGCCUUCAGACACCAAACACAACACGACUACCAGCAGAUUCUGGUGUUUUUAUUGAUUCAUUAAUCACAAACUCUGUUAAUUUACAGAUGUUUUCAUAUGUAAAUUGUUACUGAAGGUCGACUAGACUUUAUAUAAGCGUCCAGCUGAUCAAUCAGAGCAGACUGGGCUCUGGUUUCAGACAGAGGGUGAAAAAGGGUAGAGUAGAGACACUACAUACUGAUAUACACCUGAACAUCAGCAGGAGAGGACUCUUUAAAGUAGAGAGACCACAU